UUGACAUCUAUUUCGCGAGGAAAUAUGGUGGAUCUACAGGACGAAUCGGAUGUGGCGUUCAUGCGCCUGGCCAUCGCAGAGGCGCAUCGCUCGCAGCCGUCCGAGAAUGCCUACUGCGUGGGAUGUGUCGUAGUACACGAUGGACAGGUGCUGAGCACCGGCUUCUCGCGCGAGCUACCGGGCAACACGCACGCGGAGCAGGUGGCGCUACACAAGCUCAACUUUGACGCGCAGGGGACCACCGUUUACACGACCAUGGAACCAUGCAGCAAAAGGGUGUCUGGAAACGUGCCGUGUGUGCAGAGCUGCCUUCGUGCAGGUGUCACGCGUGUGGUUAUUGGGGUAAUGGAGCCCAAGACGUUCGUGGUCUGCGAGGGGGUACAGCUGCUUCAGGACGCCGGUGUGGACGUCAAGUUACUCAAAGGACUCGAAGCCGACUGCCUCGCGCCAAAUGCACACCUGAACCUCGUCUUCUAGACAUUUACAGGUUAGAUAGAUGAGAAGAUGCCAUAUAACCAGUUGACAAGUGCGCUGGGUUUCAAUGUGAAGCUGCUAUUCAAUUAUUUCAAAGCAGCACACGUCGUACCGUGUUCAAGUUGGUAUGUUACCACUGAAGUGAUAUGGGUCGAAGGAAGGUGAUGGCUUUACGAACAUUUGACCUACAUAGUUAUUCUCCAUCAGCAGAAUCUAGUCGCUUCGACUGAGAGGAAUCGAACGUAGCAAGAAUAUCGGUCGUGUUCCCCCUCUCACGACUUUGCCGAAUGUCGUGACGCGUGAUGCCAUUGCAACCGCUUCGUUUUUCAUUCUCCAUUUCGCGAGCAACAAACCAACCGCCUCCCUUCUCGACACUCAGGUCGCAAUUACUCGAUCCUUUCUCACCAUGAAGACUGCCGCCGCAUUCGCCACCUUCCUAGCGCUGAGUCUCUUCGUUGCAUCGGACGAAGUUCAAGCUACACCUUCGCUUCGUGGUCUACGAGUCAAUGCUGAUACCCAAGCAACGGAAGACGAUGAGAGCAGAAAGGAUCACCACCACCACCACGUCAAGAAAGUCGUCAAGAAAGUCAAGAAGAUCGCUAUUCCGGUUCCCGUUCCCGUCGAGGUGCCGCAGCUCAUUCCAGUUCCGGUCAGCGUUCCGUCGGCGGUGGUGGCGAACUCCAACAAUGCUGUUGUAAGCUCGAACAACAAUGUUGUUGCAGCCCCUGGCGCU